CCUCAAUCGAUCCUCCCGUCUCUCUUCAUCUCUGCAUCAACAAACCACUCAAUCAUCGUAUCUCCAUUCCUUAGUAUCGUGUGGUUGGCAUUAUGAAGUCUGGACUUGUUGUCGCAGCUACGCUGCUAGGUGCUGCCAAUGCUGGCAUGCACCGGAUGAAGCUCCAGAAGGUGCCUUUGGAAACACAGCUCGGUGCAGCCAACAUCGGCGACCACGUGCGAGCCCUCCGCCACAAAUACACACAGAAGACAUUGGGAGGACCUGCGGAGGAUAUCUUCAGUGACACUUCCAUCCAUCCGGAUGGCCCGCAUGAUGUCCCCGUCGAGAACUUCUUGAAUGCUCAAUACUUUAGCACCAUCGCCUUGGGGACGCCACCACAAGAGUUCAAGGUCGUCCUCGAUACCGGUUCCUCUAACCUCUGGGUUCCUAGCCAAUCUUGCGGCUCGAUUGCGUGCUACCUCCAUCAAAAAUACGAUUCCUCUGCAUCGUCCACAUACAAGAAGAAUGGAUCUGACUUCGGCAUCCGUUACGGGUCUGGCGAGGUGGCUGGUUUCAUCUCUCAAGACGUUCUGCGCAUCGGAGAUCUGAAGGUGAAAGAUCAACUCUUUGGUGAGGCCACCAGCGAGCCUGGUCUGGCUUUCGCUUUUGGUCGUUUUGAUGGCAUUCUUGGUCUGGGUUACGAUACCAUCUCGGUCAACCACAUUCCUCCCCCAUUCUACAACAUGAUCGACCAGAAGCUGCUUGACGAACCCGUCUUCGCCUUCUACCUUGGCAACACCGAUGACGGAUCUGAGUCAGAGGCGACCUUUGGCGGUAUUGACAAGAGCCACUACACUGGAAAGAUGGUCAAGAUCCCGCUUCGCCGCAAGGCCUACUGGGAAGUCAACCUUGAUUCCAUCAGCUUCGGUAAAGAGACGGCUGAUCUCGACAACACCGGGGUUAUUCUGGACACUGGUACUUCCUUGAUUGCUCUACCAAGCACCCUUGCAGAACUGCUCAACAAAGAGCUUGGAGCCAAGAAAGGGUUCAAUGGACAAUAUACUGUCGAGUGUGACAAGCGCGACUCGCUCCCCGACAUCAGCUUCACUCUCAGUGGUUACAACUUUUCGAUCACGGCCUACGACUAUAUCCUCGAGGUUCAAGGGUCUUGCAUCAGUAGCUUCAUGGGUAUGGAUUUCCCCGCGCCUACUGGUCCGCUGGCUAUCCUUGGUGACAGUUUCUUGCGCAAGUGGUACAGCGUGUACGACCUUGGCAAUGAUGCCGUCGCUUUGGCCCAGGCCAAAUAAACGGAAACUGCACUGGCAGAGUGUGUCAAAUCCAAACGCAAUCCCCCUGGGCUGGGAAAGUCUUUUGUGUGUCUAGUCUAGGUGGAAUUCGGGCGUCGGCUUGAUGCGGUCACUAAUAGUCCUUGUAUCAACGACAUCCGCAAAUCUCCCUUUCAUUAUUGGAAAUAUGAAUCAGCCACCCCGAGGAGGGCAAACAGCGUGUCGAGGCAAUGAAUAUAGACCUUGGAUGGUUGAAAUCCAUUCUGUUCUCCUGA